CAUUGAUUUUCAUUAUCUAAUUUUAAAAAAAAUUUCAGGCUAGGCUGUUUAAAACGGAUUCCUCUUUUUUAUUUAUGUAUUUAUUGUUUUUUUAAUGAUCAUUUAUCACCUGUAGAGAAAAUAAAGGAUAGUUUUGUCCCUGGAAUAUACCGGUAAAUCCGGCCUGAAAGGUUUUUGUUGUUGAACUUCACAGCUGCUGCAGUAGGAGGGCGCUGUUCAGUCGGGUUUUACCGAUUGAAGUGUAGUCUGAGGUGGACAGCUUGCUAGAUGUUAAUCUAAUUACAGUGAAGUAGAUUAGACCGACUGCAAACGUCGAUAGCAACGACAUGAAAGGCAAAAACCAUUUUAAUGAUACCAUUGUUAUACUGACCAAUACCAACUAAUAUGCUGCUUUUGGGCACAUCUACCUGACGAUGAGCGAUGUGGUCACGGAUAUAGAUUAAUGAUCAGCCUCUCUGACACAUCUGUCUAUCCCUUUCCAGUUAAAGAGCUCUGACUUGUGACAAAAUGCCUGGUGUUGCCAAUCCAAAUCCAUGGAGUCUCUCUGAGUUACUGGGGCAGAAGAGCAUUCUUGGAGUUGUAGUUCUGAUUACAUGGUUAGUUCUGUUCCAUCUUCUGGUGAAUGUGUGGCUGCUGUGCAUCUUCACCAGUCUGUUGGUAGUGCUGGGUGGAUGGCUGGGAUCUCGUGUCGCUUUGGAUGCCAACAGCCUCCUUCAUUUGGAGCACUUCCUGCCCCUGGGUGAGUCCCCUCAAGUUCACACUGCCUCAGACAGUGAACAAAGACUGGACUGCGAAAUUCGAAGUGCUGUUGACAAGGCUGUGCGGGACUUUGUGUCAUCCUGGUACUGCAAUUCUGUUUCUAAGGGAGGGGAUGAGUUUGAACGGGAGGUGAGGGACGCUAUGCUGGAGGCAGCCGCUGAACUGAAGAGGAGGGCGAAGCAGGUGGACCGGAGAGCGCUGGCCCAGAGGGUUCUUGAGCUUUGUGGAUGCCAUCUGCAGAGCUUCACCCAAGCCAGGGAACUCCAACGAACCCUGCAAGAAGACUCCGACCAAUCGCUUUCAAACUCACAAAAACUAUGGAGGUUGUACAGUAUAGCUGAUUUGCCUCACCCUGCCCUGACGGGCCCAGCUAACCUCUGCUACUCCAGAGCCCUGGUAGAUCUCCUCAUGCACGUCCUUAUUCCCAAAUCUCACCUGGAAACACGAACAGGCUGCUACAUGGUGGGAGAGCUCAUAACAUGCAAUGUUCUUUUGCCCCUCGUGGCAAGAAUAUCCAGUCCAGAUUGGUUAAACCAGACCAUUGUAGAUGUGCUCACUCAGUCCACUGAUAAAGAAGAAACGAGUCCACAGCAAACACCUCCAGCAGACCUGGACGAAUCCCAAUACAGCUUCUGGGACAAUGACUCCCCGAUUACUUUAGACUGUCCUGAAACCUCCAGCAUGCAGACGGCUUGGUCUGUAUCCACAGCCCCCCUCCAUGAUUCCUCUGAAACAAGUUUCCACAGUCAGUGGUCCUCUGAUGAAAAUGUACAAGCGAGGAGAAGUUCUAGCAUACUUUUUCCAGAAAGAAUUGCCCAAAAUACAGCUGAACUUCUUAGAUCUCCAUACCGCACUAGCCGCCUCUAUAGACAUACAGACUUUGACCUGGAAUCACCCUCUUCGGAUGAGAGGCAGAUAUCUAGUGAGUCUUUGAAAAGAACAGACACAGACUUCUGUGACUGCAUCUCUCCUUCAGACUUUUGUGGGUUGGUUUGUCUGGAGGAAGACACGUUGGGUCUUUUGGGGAAGUGUUUCGGACAAAACAUGAUCGCUUCAGAGCCUCCUUCACCACUGGAGAGUACAGUGGAAGAAUCUCAGGUCCGACCACUGACUAACACAUCAAACUCCAUUCCCAGAAGCCUUGGCCUGGACUCAUUAGUUUUUGAAAAUUUGGGGACUCUAGAGGGACCGAUAACUAUUCAGAACUUACAAAUCAUUGGGACCAUCACAGCCAAAGAGCAAAGAAGCAACAGCACUCAUCCUUAUACUCUUUACACUGUAAAGUUUGAAACUGCUUCAGAUUCUGAUUGCUCUGAUCAGCCUGUCAUGUAUCAUAUGGUGAACAGGCGCUACACUGAGUUCCUCAAUCUGCAGACUCGUUUGGAGGAAAGGCCAGAUCUCAAGAAAUUGAUCAAAAAUGUCAAAGGUCCAAAGAAACUCUUCCCAGACCUUCCUUUCAGCAACCUAGACACAGACAAAGUGGAAGCCAGGAGAAGCCAACUGGAAUUAUUCCUCAGGAAACUGUGCAGCAUCCCAGAGGCAGCUAACAGUGAGGAGAUGCAGGAGUUCCUUGCCCUCAACACUGAUGCCACAGCAGCUUUCCAGAAGAAGCCGUCGAGUUCACGCAUAGACAAGAUGGUUGAGAACAUAGUGGAUACUCUGAAGACGGCGUUUCCACGCCCAGAGCCUCAAAGCCCCACAGAGGAAGGAGACCCACAAAGAAAGCCUCGUCUGAGAUUCUCCAGUAAAAUAGCUCCUACUCUUAAUGUCCCAAGCCUGCAGCCUAAAGUGACAUACUCUUUCAGUGAACGCUGCUCAGUUCUUCGAGGUUUCUCACUGUCAGAUCUAGAGGGGUUUGUGGAGGAACAGGAAAAACUGGUGGAUGGUGGUGUCAGGAGUCAUUUUGCAGGAGGAAGACACAUUAGAGAGCAGAGAUCUGUAGAAAAGAGAGGAAGAGGAGCAGACACUGCCCUGGCAGAUAUCGCUCUGAAUAUCUUGUGUUUGCUGAUGAAGGACCAGUGGAGCUGGCUCUGUACAGAAAACAUCCAGAAGACCAUUAGACUGCUCUUUGGCACUUUUAUUGAAAGGUGGCUAGAUGUAGGCAUAGCACACCUGACCAGCGCCCCAUGCUGGGUGAUCUACCUGCGGGUUCUUCAGGAUGCAGUGUGGCCCGGGGGUGAGCUGCCUGUGGUGCCACGGCCAGAGAGAAGCCCAGAGCAGAGAGAGAAGACCAGACUCCAAUGCUUGGACUGCCUUAUGCAGCUGUUCCCAGAGUUAAUUACAGACAUGCUUGGCUCUGAGAAAUUCAGGCUAGUGUGGGAGCAUGUGCUGGAAUCACUACAGGACCCUAGCAUCAACAGGCACUUGGUUUACUGUAUCUUUGACCUUCUGCUGGAGUUCCUUGUUCCAGAAUUUUCCGAGGAGACGUUCCAGAGGUCUUUACUUCAGAGUCUCCCUGGGGAUGUAGAGAGAACACCAUCAUCCUCAUAAGGACACUAUGUUUCUUUUCUUCCAUCUUUUUGAAUACUGAGGACAUUUGGAUGUUUUUUUAUCAGUUUGGCUUAUCAGUUUGGCAGGCUUUGUAUACAGCUGCUUUUGUUUCACAAUGUUCAUCUGAUGCACUAACUCGCAAUACAUUUCAGAUGGGUUUGGGAUAGAAGUUUAAAAUAAUAUGAAUUUAAGAUAUUUAAGGUACAAUUUUGAACUUAAACCUACCUAUGUUGCUUUGGUCCUUAAAUAUCGCAUGUAAUUUUGAGUUGUUUAUUCAGACUAAAUCUAAAUCAACCUUCAUUUCACAUCAUAGUCCUGAAAGGCCACUCAAAUGAAUGUAAACAGUUAAUGUAGACUCUACAUGAAGACUCUUGAAUGUAAUUGAAUGUAACCUUUUAUAUAUGUAUGCACUAUGUAAAUAGGGAAAGGAGACUAAUAUAUAGACUUCUUAAUUAAAAUGUUUGUAUAUAUUGUUAUCUUAUAAAAUGUAUGAAUUUACAACAUUAUAAAAUACACAAAAGAAAAAUUAAAUGCUGCAUCU